UAAUUUUUUAAAAUAAAUUCACAAUUUCCAAUUAUCCCAAAAAUUCAACAUUGCCAUUUUUGUUCCCACUGUGGAUCAAGGAACAACAAUCCAACCAUGGCUACCGUUGCAGCAGCAGCAAUUGUAUCUUCCAGUUCCACCAUCACAGACCAACCCUCUUCUUCUUCAUGGACUCGUGGCUCGAUUUCCAUUUCAAAGCUCACACCAUCACUCUCUUUUGUUCCAAGAACCAGCUCAAAAAGGCGGAAUCCACGACCUCGUGCUGCUUUGGUUGAAGCACCACCAUCUAGUUCAGCUCUUUCACCUGCACCCAAAGAUGGUGGUUCCCUCAAGGUGCUUGCGGUUGCAGGAGACCGUGCUGAAGACAUUCAAGCUGAGGCCAGAGCUUUGACUCGUGCUACCAAUGCUUCUGUUUAUACCCCUCAAUUGGUUUCUUCUUUAUAUGGCUCUCAACCUCUUAAGGUUGUGGGAAGGGCACUUCAGAUUGUGAUUGCAUUGGGUUCGUUUGCUUUGAAGCUGUUGUUGGACCAGAGAAAUGGUGUGCUUGAUCAGAAUAAAAAGAUUCGUGCAAAUGAGCUCAAGACCAUAUUCACUCAGCUAGGUCCAACUUUUGUCAAAUUGGGUCAGGGAUUGUCUACCAGGCCUGAUAUUUGCCCUCCAGAAUAUCUGGAUGAGCUCUCUGAACUUCAAGAUGGUUUGCCGACAUUUCCUGAUGAGCAGGCGUUUGCAUGCAUUGAGAGGGAAUUAGGACUAUCUCUUGACUCGAUCUACUCGUCAAUAUCACCAUCGCCUGUAGCAGCAGCUAGUUUGGGUCAAGUUUAUAAAGCUCGGUUGAAGUCCUCCGGUAAGCUUGUUGCUGUCAAGGUGCAACGCCCUGGCAUCGAAGAAGCUAUAGGAGUGGAUUUCUACCUCAUAAGGGGUAUAGGGUUUCUCAUAAAUAAAUAUGUGGAUGUGAUCACAAGCGAUGUUGUUGCACUCAUAGACGAAUUUGCACGUAGAGUCUUUCAAGAGCUCAACUAUGUGCAGGAGGGACAAAAUGCAAGGAGGUUCAAAAAGUUAUAUGCUGACAAGGAAGAUGUCUAUGUUCCUGAUAUUUUCUGGGAUUAUACAAGUAAUAAAGUAUUAACGAUGGAGUGGAUUGAUGGAGUCAAACUAAAUGAGCAAGAAGCAAUUGAGAGACAAGGGUUAAAAGUCUUGGAUCUCGUAAACACAGGUAUCCAGUGCAGUCUUAGACAGCUACUCGAGUAUGGAUAUUUCCAUGCAGAUCCUCAUCCUGGGAAUCUUUUGGCGACACCGGAGGGAAAACUUGCUUUUCUUGAUUUUGGGAUGAUGAGUGAGACUCCAGAAGAAGCAAGAUAUGCCAUAAUUGGCCACGUUGUUCACUUGGUCAAUCGAGACUACGAGGCUAUGGCUCGUGACUACUAUGCUCUUGAUUUCUUAUCAACUGAUGUUGAUGUAUCUCCAAUUGUACCAGCACUUCGAAACUUUUUUGAUGAUGCACUUAAUUAUUCUGUGAGCGAGCUUAACUUCAAGACAAUAGUGGAUGGUCUGGGAAAUGUUUUGUAUCAAUAUCCAUUUAAUGUGCCAGCAUACUAUGCAUUAAUAUUAAGGUCUCUCACUGUUUUAGAAGGUUUAGCUCUAUAUGCUGAUCCCAAUUUUAAGGUACUCGCUGCAUCGUACCCCUAUUUUGCUAAGAGGCUGCUGACAGAUCCAAAUCCGUAUCUAAGAGAUGCUCUUAUAGAGUUGCUUUUCAAGGAUGGGAAGUUCAGAUGGAAUAGACUUGAAAACCUGCUAGUUCAGGGGAGCAAGGAUAGAGAUUUCACUGCUAAAGAGGCUUUACAACCUGUCCUGAAGGUAUUGUUGAGUCCUGAUGGUGUAGUUCUGAGGAAUCUAGUUAUCAAAGAGGCUGUUCGCGUUUCAGAAGCUUUUACUCUUGGCACGAUUUCUGAAACGUACCGGUAUAUUCCAGACUUUAUGAGGACCCUUGUCUUCAAUGGCAAUGCAAAUAAUCCGCUUAUGAUGUCGGAAACUGAAAUUCAAAGCAUGAUAGAGCUUAGAGAUCAAGUGAUUAGGGUAUGGGGACUUUUGCAGUCCUCGAAUGAUUUUGAUCCAUCUCUUUUGCUACCAAUACUACAGGUCAUUCAGCAGCAACCUGAGGCGCGCAGACUUGGGGGGCGUGUUGUGGGUGGAGUCACACAACGUCUCGCAGCACGCUUUCUUCUGCAAGUACUUCGAGCUCCACCAACAGCUUCUACAUAGGUUUCGAGUCACUGCAAAGGCUAGGUUAUUGCGCACAGGAAGAUAGGAGUCCAUUCCCAACACAGGAAAAAAGUAAAAAGUAAGGCGUCAAUUCUUAAAAAAAUUAUUUGAUUCUCUUUUUCAUGUUUGAUUAUCUUUCUUGGUUUGGAUCUUCCAAUUUGGUCCAAAAAGCUGUAUAUAUGAUUUACUCAUCAUCGUUGAUGCUUUGUCGUCAUGAUAUGAAUAGAGGUCAUAAUAUAAUAAUAGUAAUUGGUUAGAGUGUAUUUGUAAAACCGUUGCAUUCAACGGAAAAGCAUGAAAAAGUACUUACAACCUCAAUUCAACAUUUCUUUCCUUUAA